UGACUUCCCCCCGACGCCAUUUUGGGAGCAGGAGCAGGCGGGACUACAUUUCCCAGCAGGCUGGGGCAGCGAGCGGCGCCAUCUUGCCUCGUUGGGCGGCCGGGGUCUUCUUGGGAAGCAAGAGGGGAGAAAGCUGUGGUUCAGCCCAUGGCUCUUUUCCCGGCCUUUGCCGGCGCCGCUGAGCCCGGGGAGACGCCAGCCAGCAGUAGCGAGGGCUCCAGGAGAGAAUUGGACUGGCUUAGCAAUCCAAGCUUCUGCACAGAAGAUGCACUGAAACUGCACCAGCAUGCUGCAGAUCUUACUCCUGAGAGAUCACAACUUAUAAGCAGGAGUCCUUCAAGAUCAGAACUCUCAGGAGGAAGUAAUACCAAUGAAGAUCUAAAAAAAUCAACUAAGAAAAGGAAAGAGAAAAAGAAAAAGCAUCACCACCACAAGAAAAGAAAAAAGAAAACUAGAGAGGAAUCAAGUAACAGCGAGCCAGACUCAGACAGUGAGUGUCUGAAGGAUAAACCUAGAGGAAGUGACACAAACCAUGAAAGAGAAGCAGCAACAUUGAAUCUAGAAGACAUAACUUCAAAUGGCGUCACCAGUCGCUUUGUUUGGCUUGAGGAUAUUCAGGCUUUGACAGCAGAGACCUUCAGGACAGACAAGAAUCCAGACCCUGCAAACUGGGAAUACAAGUCACUGUAUCGAGGGAACAUAGCAAGAUACAAGCGGAAAGGUGACUCAUGCCUUGGUAUUGACCUAAAGAAACAAUGUAUAACUUGGGAAAGUUCCAUGGUAGAAAAGAAACAGUCCCACAAGCGACCUGAACGCUACUUCAUGAAGAAUAGUGUGCGGUUAUUGAGCACAGAUGGAAUUCCAGUUUACAGUAAAAGCCAAACUUCUUCAUCUGGUCCAAGCACUUUUAUACCGGUUUCACAACUGGACAGUGAUGCUCCUCCUACAACAACCUGUGUGAAUCCUCUUGGGAUUUAUGAUCCAUUGACCACACUCUGGUUGCAAGGAAAAGGUCCCCCAGAGCAUGAGACUUUAAAGCAGCAGGCAUCCCAAGAGACCAGUGAGAAUGUUAACUCUAUUCUAAAGGCAAAAGUGGAAGAAUAUAAUAGGAUGGUCAGAGAAAAUCCAAGAGAUGUUCACACUUGGCUGGAAUUUGUUUCUUUUCAGGAUGAAAUAAUGAGAGGACCCAGCCCUUACGCCAUCAAAGAGGGAGAGCAGGAAAUAAGGAGAAAAUCAUUCAAGCUAAUCCUAGAAAAGAAACUGGCCAUUUUAGAGAGAGCUAUUGAAAGCAAUCCAAAUGAUGUUGAUCUGAAACUCGCCAAGCUGAAGCUUUGUACAGAAUUCUGGGAACCAUCAAGUUUGAUCAAAGAAUGGCAGAAACUGGUUUUUUUGCAUCCCAAUAAUCCAGUCCUGUGGCAGAAAUAUCUCUUAUUUUGUCAAAGUCAGUUCAGCACCUUUUCCGUUUCAAAAGUCCAUAGUUUAUAUGGAAAAUGUUUGAGCACUUUGGCAGCUGUACAGGAUGGCAGCAUGGUAUCACAUCCUGUACUGCCUGGCACAGAAGAAGCUAUGUUAGCUCUCUUUCUUCAGCAGUGCCAUUUUCUUAGACAGGCGGGCCAUUCUGAGAAAGCCGUGUCUUUAUUCCAAGCCCUGGUUGACUUCACCUUCUUUAAACCUGACAGCGUAAAAGAUCUGCCAACAAGAGGACAGGUGGAGUUCUUUGAACCAUUUUGGGAUAGUGGAGAGCCUCGGUUUGGAGAAAAAGGAGCAAAAGGCUGGAAAUCAUGGAUGCAUCAACAAGAAAAGGGAGGCUGGAUUAUCAUCAAUAAACCUGAUGAGGAUGAGGAAGAUGUAGAUGAAGAUAAAGAAAUAAAGGAUAAAACUCUACCUAAAUGGCAAAUUUGGCUGGACAUUGAAUGUUCCCGUGAAACAAGGCAUUGGCUGCCUUGGCGACCUGACAAAACUAAAAAGCAGACUGAAGAAGAUUGUGAAGACCCAGAGAGACAGGUAUUGUUUGAUGAUCUUGGGCCAUCUUUAAUCAGACUUUCUAGUCCAGAUCUUCAGUUUCAGCUGCUAUACUCAUUUCUGCAAUUCGUGGGAGUCCCAUGUGGGCGUAGUCUCUUUCCUUCAAAUCUCUAUAUCGCUAUGGAUGAGAACAAUAUCUUUGACACUGGGCAGUCUGAGAGGCCACUGACUUCUUUUGACUCGCUGCUUUCUGGAGUCAAUAGUAUUGGCCAUAUGGACACAAUGACCAGAGGGAGACAGCACAUAGGACACUGUAAGGAAGGAGAGGAGUUCAUACAGAAUGUCUUUCAUUUAAUGUUGCCAUUGUUUUCAGGAAAGGAAAAGGCAAAACUUUCUGUCUGUUGGCUACAAUAUGAAAUCUCAAAGGUUGUUCAGUGUCUCCAAGCAAAAAACAAGAAGAAACUGAAGUCACAGGGGAAGAAAAGCAAAAAACUAGCCAAGAAUCUCCUUAAGGCAUCUGAAAACCGAAACAACCUUUCCCUCUGGAAACUGUAUGCCUACUUGGAAUGGUUACUUGGCAACACUGAAGAUGCUAGAAAAGUGUUUGAUACAUCUCUUUGCUUGGCAGGCACUGAAGGAAUGAGAAAUACCCAACUCUGUAAUCUGAGCCUGCUUUAUGCUUCACUGGAAGUGGAGCUACUAGAGAGUUUGGAGGAAACUGUUAUGUCACGUGCUUUACAUAUAUUGACCAAACUGGCUGAAAGUGGGCCAUAUGUACCUUAUACUGGGCAAGUGCUAUCUGUGAAUAUCUUGAAAGCUCGGAAGGCAUAUGAGCAUGCAUUGCAAGAUUAUUUAAGUGAAAGUCCAGUCUCUAAUUGGGAUCAAGCCAGCAGUUCUAGCCAACUGGUUAAUUUAGUUGGUUGUUAUGCACUUUUCCAGUAUUUGACUGUUGGGAUUGAUGCUGCUGUAUUAAUAUGUAGACAUAUUUCUGAAAAGCUUAAAGGUUCUGCUUCACAGAAGUUUGAAAGCAUUGGAGAAAAUCUUGGCAUUCAUAAUUUCCCCACUGCUCUUGAAGCUGUCACACUCAUGCACACAAAUUUACUCAGGUACCAUAUGAAAGUUAGCAUUUACCCUUUAAAUCCACUGCGAGAGGCACUAACGGAAGCUUUGAAGCUGUAUCCUAGCAACCAGUCUCUUUGGAGGUCAUAUAUCCAGAUCCAAAGCAAGUCUCACAAUGCUAGCAAAGCACGAAGAUUUUUUGAUAGUGUCACAAGGUCUACUAAGUCCCUAGAGCCGUGGCUGUUUGCAAUCCAAGCAGAGGAGAUGAGAAAGAAGCUUGUCGAGAAUGUUCAGAGAGUAGAUGUCGGAGAAAUAUAUUCAACAAUUCCUGAAACUGGGUUAACAAAUCGGAUCAAAGCUUUAUUUGAACAUGCAAUUCAGAGUGAAAAUGGUGCCCAUUGUCCAUUGCUGUGGAGAAUGUAUUUGAACUUUCUGACGUUCCAGUGUACAUGACUUAACCAUUUAAUAACUGAUGGAAGGGCAUUGAGCAAGUCCAUGAGGAAACCAGGCAGCCCUUGCUGAUGGAUGCAGUCUGCAAGUAUAUGAUCUACAUCAUCUUGGCCACAGUGCCAAUGGGGGGAGUCAUGAAGGCCCUAUUUAUAGUCACUAGAAGUAUAUCUUAUCACUCGAUCUGAAGCAAUUGAGCUUUGCCCACAGAUAGUGUGGAAAGUCAAAACCAGGGGACUGGACUGUUGGCUCUUUCAUGAGAUAGGCACUAGCUAUGCUGGAAGCUUGUUCUUGCCACCUAGUAUUCUGCCCACAGGUGACAUCGAGGUUCCUUAAAAGGAAUUGUCCAAAUUGGGUGCCUUGAGCUAAAAUGGUAGAUUGGUGGAUUAGAGAUCUUUGUAAAGAGUGAUAGACCCAGAUUCUGUAAGGUGACUUGUCAACUGAUGUCAGAAGGGGCAGAACCGGCAGCCAGGCCAGGUUGGUCUCAUGGUACCAGUUAUUAUAUACAUAGUUUAAUUCAGCUACAUGUCCACUAGUUCUAUGUGAGAGGGGUUGAGCCACAUUGGGGAACGAUAUUCUGCUACAGAAUAGCACAAGGAAAGCCCAGAACUUCGCAUUAGCUCCCUUGUUUGAACCAGAUAGCUGGCUGAUCAGGACGUUUCUUGUCUUUAUUUGCAGUGAGGUCUUGGUAAGGUGCUCCUUGCAUGUCCAGGUGUGGUCCAGUGUGACGUCUAGAUGCACAGGCAUUAGGUCGUUGUCCAGUCUGAGUCCAUUCAGGAAGAUGCUGAGCUGUUUGUUGGCCUUGUGUGUGGUUUAGAUGCAAACAGCUGGAAACGGUCUUUGACACUUACUUUGAGUCUCCAUUUUUUAGAGUACUGGGCCAACUUUCUCAUAUCUGCAUGGAAGACUUUGUCUAGGUGACUGAAAUCCUGGUCCUGCACUGCCAGACAGAUGUUGUCAGCUUAGAUAAAAGGCCUGGCUGUGGUGUAGGGAAGGUCAUUUGUGAAGAGGCUGAAAAGUAUCAGUGCUAGAACUGAGCCCUGAGGUUCACCAUUGUUUUGGCGGCCUCUCAGCAGCAGUUCCACACCUCUGACAGCCUGUCAUGGUAGGACCAAUGACACUUUGCACCUUAAGCCUGUAUACCAGAUUGUGUUAUAUGCAGCAGCAAGGUCUAAGAAUACUGCACCUGUCUUCUGCCUGGUCUGGAAGCCAUUCUUGAUGUAGGCAGUGAGUGCCCACACUUGACCACAGGUAUUGUGGUUUGGUCUGAACCCUGCUUGAUCUACACUCAGGAUAAGGGGUGGGAGCAAUUCUCUGACGGAUAAGCCUUUCAAGUAAUUUGAACACAAAUCUUAACAAAGAGAUCAGGUUGUGGUAAUAUGCUGCAACUCGACUGUCUUUCUCAGGUUUUGGCAAGACUAUUUAUUACCUUUGGUCCUGUGCAAGAUCUUAGGCUUUUUAUUCUUCUAGAUGACUCUUCUAGAUGUCUCUUCUAGAUGUCUCUUGAUAGCAAAAUGGCUACUCAGUGUUUUCUAGUUUUUUCCCUGGCUCUUCAGGAAUUCAGAUGAGAUAUGUGUUUUCAGUGUUUUGAUUGCCCUUUCUGUUUCAUCUGUGGCAAAUGGCUGAAGUUUUCAGUUUUAGGUAUACACUGGUUCUAGUGCUGUCAUUAUUUCUUCAUCUCUCCUUCAAACGUUUUGUCCUUAUCUGCCUUUGCAACAUUUAUCAGGUGGUUAGCGGUGUUGUUUGGAGGGACUGGGUGUUGGCACUAUGCUGGAGGUUGCUGAGCAGCACCAAGUUUUCUGAUUAAUGCCCUGGCUUUAUGGCUGGAUCUUGAGGUGUUUAGUUCCAUGUUAACCUGCUCUCAUCGCUUCUAGAAAUAUUCAAGCUGUCUCAAGAUGUGUGGUGAUGUCUGGAUCACGAUUUUCUUCAUACUGAUUGAGGAGUUCUGCAUGCUCCUUAUCUAGAUAGAGAAUGUAGACAUUAUAACAACCUCUUGGAAUUGACGUGAUGAAAGCUUUAUAAAUGGCUCUUGUAAAUAGCAUAUAAGAUUCUUCAGUAAAGAUGAUGUGUGAUAAAACUGGGCCAAUUUGCUCUCCAAUAGUUCCAGCAAGGUUUUUUUGUUGGCACUUACAGGGGGGAGGGAUAGCUCAGUGGUUUGAGUAUUGGCCUGCCAAA